AUGGUGGAUGCAGCUAAAGAACCAGAAGCACUAGUCAACAACAUAGUAGCUGCUGGGAACUUAAAUAGCAAUGUUCCUGAUCUUCAGAUCUUCAGUUAUGCUGAUAUUGAGAUGGCUACUAGUGCAUUUUCGUUUGAAAAUAAGCUAGGAGAGGGUGGAUAUGGUCCUGUUUACAAGGGUAUACUUGAAAAUGGACAGGAAAUAGCAGUGAAAAAACUUUCAAAAACUUCCACACAGGGCUUUGAGGAAUUCAAGAAUGAGGUUACACUCACAGCAAAACUGCAACAUGUUAAUCUUGUGAGAGUUUUGGGAUUUUGCAUCGAAAGGGAUGAACAAAUGCUGAUCUACGAAUACAUGCCUAACAAAAGCUUGGACUUCUACCUAUUUGAUCCGGCAAGAAGAUUUCUUUUGGAUUGGAGUAAACGCAUUCAAGUCAUUGAAGGGAUUACUCAAGGACUUCUAUAUCUCCAAGAAUAUUCAAGAUUGAAAGUAAUUCAUCGAGAUCUGAAAGCCAGCAAUAUUUUACUUGACAACGAGAUGAAGCCUAAGAUAUCAGACUUCGGUAUGGCAAAGAUUUUCGCAAAAGAUGAACAUGAAGCAAACACCGACAGGAUUGUUGGAACAUAUGGCUACAUUCCUCCAGAAUAUGCUAGACAAGGUUUAUAUUCAACCAAAUAUGACGUUUACAGCUUUGGAGUUUUGCUGUUGCAAAUCAUAAGUGGCAAGAAGAAUGCCUACUGCUAUGGACAGGAGGAAGAUUUAAACCUCCUAGACUAUGCAUAUGAACUAUGGAAAUCAGGCAAAGGCAUGGAGCUAAUGGACCCAUCGUUGGAUGAUACAUUUUCAUCAUGCAAAUUAAUCACAUGCCUGCAAAUAGCUCUUUUGUGUGUUCAGGAAAAUGCAAGUGAUAGGCCACCCAUGUUGAAGGUGUUUUCAAUGCUAAGAGGUGAAACUGCUGCUCUCACAGUCCCAAAAAGGCCAGCUUUUUCUACAAAAAGAAAUGAAGAUCAUGAGGGCAAUAAAUCUGAAUUGCAACAAGAAAACUGCUCCAUGAACGAUACGACAAUGUCCCAAAUGGAAGCCCGAUAA